GCUCGAACCUCUCAGUUGGUGUCUAGACGUGUUGACGAUCUCUUGGGUCUUCAUCCCACGCCUUCUGUCGCAGAGGUUCGGAUGAGGCGGGAGAUUUCAAUUGGAUUUUCAGUGUUGUUUUUAGCGAUCGAACUUUCUUCUCCAGUCCGGCGUGCGUCCAGCCCAGAGAGAGGAUUUAUUAUUCGCCAGACCCCACAGUUCGUGUUGCCAUGGAUGCUGCUGUGACCCCGUUAGCAUAGCCCCAGCGAGUCGUGGUGCUCUCUCGACCUCCAAAGCUCUUGACCCUGCCAAGACUGUGAUCAUCUAGUCACUUGUUGCCAUCAUAUUAAACCCAACACAGCAAAAUGAAGUUCGCAGAGCACUUAGCAGCACAUAUCACUCCAGAAUGGAGAAAGCAAUACAUCAGUUACGAGGAGAUGAAGGCCAUGUUAUAUGCAGCAGUGGAACAGGCACCAUCACCAGAGGUCACAGAGGCAGAAGUUAUCACAAGAUAUUAUGCAAGAUUUGAUGAACAAUUUUUCAGAGUAUGUGAUAAGGAGCUUGCCAAAAUCAAUACCUUUUUCUCAGAAAAAAUGGCAGAGGCUACCAGAAAAUAUACAACACUAAAGUCAGACCUCCAGGCCUCAAAAGAACAACAUGGAGAUGGCCUCAGGAACCGUAAAGGUUUCACAUUCCUUCCCAAGCUAAAUGUCCCAGCAAGAAAGAUGCAAGACCUGAAACUAGCCUUCUCCGAGUUCUACCUGAGUCUCAUCCUCCUCCAGAACUACCAGAAUUUAAAUUUCACCGGCUUUAGGAAGAUCUUGAAAAAACAUGACAAGCUUAUGGCCACAGCUAAUGGUGCCAAGUGGAGAGAAGACAAUGUCGACUGCUCAACAUUCAAUACAAAUAAAGAUAUUGAUAAACUAAUUCAGGAGGUUGAAGGAACCUUUACAUCAGAGCUGGAGCAGGGAGAUCGUGGCAAGGCAAUGAAAAGACUGCGAGUCCCUCCCUUAGGAGAAGCUCAGAGCCCAUGGACAACCUUUAAAGUUGGACUCUUCUUUGGAGCUUUCAUUGUACUAGUUGUGUCCGUCAUUCUUUCAGCAAUCUUCCACUCGAACAACAUCAAGACCGUAAUUGUUCUGCGGUUAUUCAGAGGACCAUUAAUGAUCAUCCUGUUCCUUUUCCUUAUCGGUAUUAACAUUUAUGGAUGGCGGUCUUCCGGUGUCAACCAUGUCCUCAUUUUUGAAAUCGACCCAAGAAAUCAUUUAACAGAACAGCACCUUAUGGAGAUUGCUGCAAUAUUUGGUGUGAUCUGGGCUCUAAGUGUACUAGGAUUUCUAUAUGCCCAUGCUCUGUCCAUCCCCCCGUACACUGUUCCAUUAGCACUACUGUGUUUCAUGGUUCUUUUCCUUCUCAACCCAUCACGUACUUUCCAUCAUGAAGCACGUUUUUGGCUUCUUAAGAAGCUGGGACGUGUUAUUUGUGCACCAUUUUUCUUUGUGCAGUUUGCUGAUUUCUGGCUGGGAGAUCAGUUGAAUACUCUAGUUCAGGUUCUUAAAGAUUUUGAAUAUAGCCUCUGUUUUUAUAUGCAAAGUAAUUGGACUGAUCCUAGUAAAGAUUUAGGGGAUGGUGUUUGUAUAGACAAGACAACAGUGGUGCGUAGCAUUGUGGCAUGCCUGCCUGCAUGGUGGCGUUUUGCCCAGUGUCUCCGUCGUUAUCGCGACACUCGAGAAAUGUUCCCUCAUCUAGUCAAUGCUUUCAAAUAUUCAACAACUUUCUUUGUUGUAACAUUUACAACCCUGACAGAGCUAUAUAAAGAUCAGUAUCAGGAUAACAAAAACAACCCAUUCUUCUACAUGCUGAUUGGUUCAAUGGUGUUCAGCUCAUGUUUUGUCUUCUGGUGGGACAUGGUGAUGGAUUGGGGUCUCUUUGACAAGAGUGCUGGAGAGUACAAAUUCCUCCGUGAGGAACUGGUUUAUUCAUCGCCAUAUUAUUAUUACUUUGGUAUCGUAGAGGACUUCAUUUUGAGGUUCAGCUGGAUAUUUACACAGACCUUAAAAGGAUUGGGAAAUGUCGAGGGUGAAUACAUUAUCUCUGUUCUGGCACCUCUUGAAGUGUUCAGGAGAUUUAUCUGGAACUUUUUCCGUCUGGAGAACGAGCACAUCAACAACUGUGGUAAAUUCCGAGCCGUUCGAGACAUUUCCGUUAUACCCAUGGAUGCAUCAGAUCAAGCACAAAUUGUUAAAAUGAUGGACGAAGUAGAGGGAGUUGUCAACCGAAAGAAAAAGAAGGCUGGCAGUAAACCACGUAAGGCUAAUGAUACUCGGCCUUUGCUUAGUGAAGGAAGUGGUGGUGUUGGUGAGAGUGUUGACGAAGAGGCAAAUUACCUUACCGUCACCUCAGUAGAGCUUCGCAACUGGUUCCGGGGCAUAACAGGACUUCGCAACACACAUACCACUAACUCUUAAAAAACGCAGAUAUUUAUUCUGGUGAAGGGAAUAAAUCAAUAACAGCAUGAAUGUUAUAUCUGUACUGGGAUGUAGUAUUUUAGGCUCUGUUGGAAUUAUGGUGACACUAACUCCUUUAUUGGGACAAGUGUGUAUUGGACUUGUAGUAAUAUACCAGCCUCAUGAGUGCACAUUUCUGGUCACAUAAUCACAUUUUUUUUUUUUUUUUUUAUCUCACUUACCCUUUCUUUCUUUUCCAUUUUAUAACUUUGAGUUAAACCCACAUGAACAGUUGUAUCCUUGAAGGCAUUGAAAGUCCUAACAAUAGGAGAAGGUUCAGCUUCAUGAAUUACUGUGUAUGAAAGGUUAUUACUCUCUUAUACUCAGUACUGUGAACACUUAGUCAUUGCAUGCUUUUCUUUCAGUGGUGUAAUUUUGUAGACUAGACUUUUUGUCAUAUAUGUAUACUGUCAUGAUAUGCAACUGAUUAUAUGUAUUUUUUAAGAAGGUUGAAUUCAUAAGCAUAAAAAUUCUGAAAGGCAGUGUAAUCAAAUGCAGCAGAAUUUUAGGCACUUUACAUUUGAGGGCAAGGUGCAAUGUGACUGUUUGUCCAUAAUUGUUUUAUGUGGAUAUAUAUAAGGCAGUUUGGUUCAGGAAGUGCAAUUAGUCUUUCGUGUUAAGAGAAAAACUUUCAUUUUAUAUUUUUGGGUAAAUUAAACAAAACAAUAGGGGAUAUUGGAAUAUGUAUUUAUAUAAUGUAAAUAAUAAAUUAAUAUUUUAUCAAGUGCUAGAGAUUAUAUUAAUUUGAUUUUGUAGGUUAAGAAUAAAUUUUAUAAUUUUCUCAAUAUAUAUAUUUUUCCAAUAUCAAAAUUGCCUUUUCCAUUGCAAAUUACUAAUGAACUUUAAAUUCAGAUUUUAAUUAGAUGUGACCUAGACAUUACCAUAAUGUCCACUUGAAUGUGUGACGACAGUACCUUUUUCUUAACUUGUGUUUGAGAUGUUACACUGAAAAGUAUUUAAUUUUAUUGUUGAUUACUAACAUUUUAUUUCAGAGUUUAAACAGUUUAUAUUUUCCCAUAUACUGUAGUAAGAAAGACCACAGGGUGUAAAUGCUGAAAUUAUUAUUAAGUCUUGACAUGUUUUAAUCAGAAGUUAGUGAAUUGCAAGUUUGUGGACUUAUUUAGGUUAUGAAUUUUAUUCACAUCUGAAUUGACCUAUAUACAUUUCAAACCAAUGGUACUGUUUGUAAGCAGUACAAGAAAUGUAAAUACAUCAGAAAUUUCCUUUUAGCUUUGGAGUUUAUGAAAUAUAUGCCAAAGAAACAAAAGUACAUCUUCCAGUUAUUUGGAACUGUUCGAUGCUUACUUGAGAGCCUGCAAGCCUCUUUAUGUCACUGUCUUUACUUCUUAACUUUGCAUUCCAUUGGUAUAUCAACACUUGAUGUUCAAACUCUUCCUGAAUUUUCUUGUAACUAUGUUUAUCAGAAACCAGUACAUAUACCUGCCACAUGAAUAUACUCUCUUUUAAGUUUCUGAUGUAAGUGUUCAACUGGGAAAUUCAGGGUAUUGACUAUCAUUUGACUUCUAGGCUGACAUGUAGGGUAGCUAUAGAACAUGCAGUCUCAGAAAAGGAAAUAACCUACAACCAUCAAGUCUUCUAUUUUAUUUCAAUCAGCCGAAUACACAGUACUUAUGCAGACGUAUAUAUUAUUUAUUUUUAAAACUCUUAUACGGUAUUCUCAAUGCUUUACACCAGUUUGUUACCAAGAGACUUGGUAGAUUGGAGUAUGCUAGAGUUAGAUGGAGUAUAGGAGUUCUAGUAGAGACUGAAAAUGUGUUGACCUACUGAUUGACAUAAGAACAAAAUAUAGUUAUAAAGAUUUGACAUGAAAUGCUCUGGUAUGUAGAUGUUGUUUGUACUGCCGCUUGAAAUUGAUGUUUAUUACUGCUGUUUACAAUAUGACAGAAGUGAUAUUACAAAAAAAAAGAAGGACAAAAUUGAAGAUAUUUUUCAUUUUGUAUAAAGUACUGGAAAAUAA